UUGAGAGGUGCAAAAAUGCGCACCGCUGGCAAUACCCGCCACCCUGAGAUGGGCAUCGGCCGAGAUUUUCUUCCUCUUAUUAAUGCGUUGAAGGUAGCAGACAUAAAAAUCUAAGGGCUACCAACGUCUCCAUUACCCGGCAGUCGAACGACCCUCCAAUCCCCGUCAGCCGCAAACUCUCUCUCUCUCUACGCGAUCACCCUCGCGCUUCAUCUACCCGCGGUCUUCUGCUCUUUGCGUUUUCUAUCUAGAUUUAACUCUCUUGACGCACCCCUCUGGAAUUCUGGGAGUUUCGUAAAGUUCAAUACCGAGAUCUGACAUCAACUAUGCUCUAUUUCCAUCAGCGGUCGCAUUGUUCUUCCUUGGAUGUUGGGGAAAUCAUCAGCAUCACCAUUGCUGACCUUUGAAUCUUCAGGAUUUUGCCCCUUCUUAUCUUCAGAUGUAUCAACUUCAACACCAAGCUUGGCACUGCUUAUGCAGACUCCACCAUGUGGAGUAAGGCCCCAUAUCCAAAUAAAUAUAAAUAAGGAAAGAUGUCGCAUUUUAAGCUGUACAUUGAAAAGGUGGAAGAUAAACUCAAUUGGUCCAACAGAGGUAGUAGUGCUAGAAGAUGAAGAGAAGAAAACAUGGGAAGAAUGCAAACAAACACUCUCCACAUUAAGUUUUUCAGCUGACGAGGCAGACGUGAUGCUCAGGAAAGCAUUUGGAUGGAUUCAUUCGCCUUACUGGGGUGAAGAGAAAAAUAAGUUAGUUCCAAGAAAUGAAAUGGUAAAUGAAGUCUUGGAGUACCUGAAGGGCUUAGGCCUUUCUGAUGAUGAUCUUCGCAAAUUACUCAAGAAGUUUCCUGAAGUGCUUGGAUGUGAUCUUGAUGAUGAAGUGAAGACCAAUGUUGCCACUCUAGGAAGGGAGUGGGGAAUCAAAGGAAAAACUCUUCGAAAUCUUCUUCUGCGGAACCCCAAAGUUUUAGGCUAUAAUGUGGAUUGUAAGGGAGAUUGCAUGGCUAAGUGCACCCGGUGUUGGGUUCGGUUUUAGUACUUUUGCCUGCAGAUUGGUAUAUAUUCAUAAUGUUUCGCAAUCAUUACCCAUGUAUUUUGAGUUGACGUUCAGGUAAGUUGAAAAAGGCUUUGCAGUUUAAAGAUUAACAUAUAGGAGGUCAGAAGUCAGGAAGCUAAACGUUUUGGAAGACCUUCCGAAGUUAUUGGCCAUCUAUGAUGGAUAAAUAACACCAAUGUUUUUUCUUGUUUUACAGGUUGGAGGUUCACUCAUGUCCACAAUCUGAACAUGUUCAAAUGUUUACUAUCCCAGAGACAACUUGUUUCCUAUUUGAGGGGGUUCCAAGUUGAACUCAGAAAUGAGUGUAUCUUGUGUAUAACAUUGUCAAUUGAAAAAGCGCUGCAACUUGUUGGUGCAGGUAAACUAUAAUAUACAUUUUUGAAUCUGAUCACUUGUUUAUCAGUGCAUGUCCCCAAUAUAUCCUGCAUCACUUUAUUUGAAA